GGGGGGUCCCCCUCGAGAUGGGCCGGCGGGGGGGGCUGAGGGCGGCUGGUCGUGUUCCCUGCGCCCCGUUCGGAACUCUGAGCCAGCAGGCCGCGAGCAUCCCGGCGCCGGCGAGGCAAGGCGCGCGGGGGGACCGGGCGGAGGAGCGCCGCCUUCCUAUUCUGGAAUGCGAGAGCCAUAUUGAGCGGCUCUGCGCCUGCCCGCCUGGCGGCGGCGUUGGCUCGGCACCUUCGGAUGGAAGGCAACCCGGCUAUGCGCCCUGGCGGGGACGAGGUGCGGGGCCGGCGGGCGCGCGGCGAGCCUCUUCCCGGGGAUCCCGCGGGGAGAAAGGUGACUACAUCAGCGAGUACAUCGCGCCGUCCUCGGUGUACGAGGGGGAGGGCGAGAACGGCCUCAAGGUGCCCCCGUCGACGGGCGUCAUCUACCCGGGCACUCACGGCGACUCGGACCAGGCCGACAGCCCGCACUCGGCCUUGGCCGGCGGCUACAUCAACGGCGACGCGGCGGUGAGCGAGGGCUAUGCGGCCGACGCCUUUUUCAUCACCGACGGGCGUUCGCGCCGCAAGGCGGCGGCGGCGGCGGCGGGCGGCGGGGCCGGGGGCGCGGGUUCCCGCCUGGGCCAGACCCCUCCCGCGGGCGGGCAGCCCCCGCCGCCGCCGCCCGCGCCGCCGCCGCAGCGGCACACCUGCAGCGAGUGCGGGAAGACCUACGCCACCUCGUCCAACCUGAGCCGCCACAAGCAGACGCACCGCAGCCUGGACAGCCAGAUGGCCAAGAAGUGCCCGACGUGCGGCAAGGUGUACGUCUCCAUGCCGGCCAUGGCCAUGCACCUGCUGACGCACGACCUGAAGCACAAGUGCGAGGUGUGCGGGAAGGCCUUCAGCCGGCCCUGGCUCCUGCAGGGCCACAUGCGCUCCCACACCGGCGAGAAGCCCUUCGGCUGCGCCCACUGCGGCAAGGCCUUCGCCGACCGCUCCAACCUGCGCGCCCACAUGCAGACUCACUCCGCCUUCAAGCACUUCCGCUGCAAGCGCUGCAGUAAGACCUUCGCCCUCAAGUCCUACCUGAACAAGCACUACGAGUCGGCCUGCUUCAAGGGCGCCGUCCCGCCGCCGCUCAGCCCGCUGGAGGCCUGACGGAGCGCGGCGCGGCGCCCCCCUCCCCCUUUCCCCUCCUCCUCAGGCUCCCCCCCCGCCCCCGCCCCCGCCAGGCUCCAGGAAAGCGGGCGGAGGCCGGAGGGGGCCGAGGCCAAACGCCCAGCGCCUCACCUGGACAGGUAACCCCCCUCUUCCUCCUCCGCAGCCUCCAGGCCGCGCUCGCUCCCCUCCCUUUGCGGCUCCAGCGGAACGACGGGACCGACGCCUUCGCCCCCCCCCUCCCCGCUCGGCGAGGCGUCGGCUGGUUUCCUUCCACGAAGCUGCCGAAUUUCUAUUUUCCUAAAGGUUUACGUUGUCUUAUUUUGCUUUCGCUGUUUUAAGAGUGAGAAAAAAAAAAAAACAAGGACAAGAGAGGUAGAGGUAUGUAUUUGACUCGGAGGCGGUCUUUAUUUAUUUACUUACUUAUUUAUUUAUUUACUUAUUUAUUUAUUGGCUUACUUACGAAUGUAUUGAUUUUUCGACCUGUUUGUUUUGUUUAUUGCGCGGGGCAGUGCCCCCCCCUUUACGUUGCACUUUUGUGUUGGUUUUUUUUAAUUAUUUUGUUGCUUUUAAAGCCGAGUCUCCUCUUUUGCACCGCUGUUGACUUCCGAUCCGUACGUUUGUUGCCAAGACUUCUUUACUAUGCCAAAGUCUACGUCACUUUCUGAAGGGGGGGGGGAACGAGGAAACCAGGACUGGCCGUUGUUUUUUUUUUUUUCCUUCUUUUGGUUUUGCUUCCCCCCCCCUUUUCCGGGUUGGGGCGAGGGUGUGUGGGGGGGAACGAUCGCCAUCCUUUCUAACGCAGGAUUUUUUGCAUGCGAAGAAGAAAUGUAUUUAAAUCUAUGCCAAUUUGAUGAUGCUUUUUAAAAUUAUUAUGAUGAUGAUGAUGGAUUUUCAUUUGUAACACUUUACAUCCCUUUGUUUUUUCUUUGCCAAACUUUUAGAUAAUAAUAGUCUAUUUGAGGGCAAUAUUCUCCUACUGAACUAAUAGAAGCAAUAAUUAACGUAAUGCAUGUUAUUUUUAAGACAAAUAGUAAUAGUGAGGAAUCAGGUAACUUUUAAUCCAACUUCUUAAUAGCAACGGAUAUCAGGGACUUUGCCAGUGUAGUGAACUCGCGUUAAGGAGGCGAACCCGCCUUCUCUUCUUCUUCUUCUUCCUCUUCUCUCGUCUUCUAAUGAAUGCACACUGCCUGCCUUCUUCCACUUACUUCCUAGUAGCUUAGUCAAGUCUCGCGGCUUGUAGCGCUUGCCUGGCCCGAGAAAUACGAGCAACACUCUGCCCGAAUCCCUCCUUGGCCCCCCUCCGGGGCCUAUUCCCCUCCCCUCCCCCCCGUGGCUUUCAGGCUCUGCCAGCCCCCUGCCUCUGAGGGGGGAGGGGCGUGGGAUGCAGCCCAGCAGGGAUGCAGGAGCCUCUGUUCCCCGCCCCCCCUCCUCCCCCCCCGGAGGUCUCCCCCAGUGCCAGAGCCUGCACCCAACAGGUGCCUUCCGCUCCAUCGGUGGACAGACGCCGGGGACGACUUUCGGGGUCUCCCCCCAGGGUCAGAUCUGCCCUAGUCCUGCCGGUCAGCUGCCGGGUCGCUGGUGGCUCCGACUGCCCCCCUUGGUAAGGCUUGGCCCUCUGGUGCCGCCGCCUCUUCCCCCCCCCCGUCUCCCCCCCCGCAGGAACCUUCCGCCCACGUCACGGGCCUGCGGGGGAAGGAAGACUCCUCCUAAAGACAUUGCCUUCCGUUAAGAAUACUAAGCCCGCCCCCCGCGAAAGCCACGAGGAACCCCCCCCCCACUUUUCUCUCCCACUCUAAGCACUUCUUCCCCUGUAGGUCUUUCCAUUUUAUGAAUAACUUAAGAAAAAUAAACAGCACAAAAGAAUAAAAAAAAAACCUUAAUAGAAAUCAGGUAGAAGGAACUUGUGUUAGCACCUCCUGUUUUUGUACUUAAGAUAAUUAAUGAUGCUACUACUAGAACAAUGACUUCUAAUACUAAUAUUGCUAUUAAUGCUCCCUCUUGAUGAUACUGACUUUAAAAAGGCAAAAGACGGACUGCUUUGUAAAUACCGUUUGGAAAUUUGCGUGCAUUUUUACAAGCUGUUAAAAGAAUUCUGAGCCUGUUUGUUGGGGGAAAAAAACAAAAAAAAGCAAAAACGAAACUCUUUUCCUGGGGAGAAAAGACACAGACUAUCCUACCGGAGAGAAACGGCGAGGAUGCCAGGGAGGCUGUUGGAGCCCAGAGGCCGAGCGGUGGACCAGUAAAGCACAAUUCGCACACCGUGUCCUGCAGCACUUCACAAUAAUAAUAAUAAUAAAAAAAGAGAGAGGAUACUCUUGUAGUACA